GCUCCGGAAUUGCUAGUAAAACGAUCCUGGAAAAGUCAAAAUAUCUUGGCAGGUAGAGGUGCUGCAUACUUUAAAACUUGCCACCAUGAAGGACAGAUUUGAUAAGAAGACUAAGCAGAAGCAGGAGGCAUAAUUCCAUCUGCAGAAUCAGGACCAUAGAGCUGAGGAAUGCUGAAGCUUACUUUGUAAUAGUAUUAUCUUAUAUGACCAUUAUCUCAUUUUGUGAAACAAUGACAUCAUCCAAUUUGCUGCUAGAACUGUUUUGUGCCCUAAGAAGAAUGUGUGCAAGGAUGUGACCAGGAAACAAUUGACGAAACGUGAUGAAAGUUCAUUACAUCAUAUAUAGCUGUAAAGGACCAAGUAAGGUCCUUUCUAUGUCCAUGAAUUCAUGCCCUCCUCAAGUUUCCACGCUGCCCACUCAAGUAACACUAACAACGAAAUGCAGAAAAAGAGAAACUAAUAGUUUCACCCGUUUCACUGCAAGACCACUCUACAGGACCCAAUGUUUUGGGGAUCUACACAUGGGCUUCACAACUCACAAUGGUUAUCGAUAUCAACAGCAGUAACCUAUAUGGUAACAUUCGAUCUUUUGUGAUAGAGGAUCUGAAGGAUCUCAGCACCACUAUAAUGAUUUCGGGAUCUUUCAACCCACGUCUUCUGACGAUCAUUCAAGAUGCUGGCGCUACGACAACAAGCCCUAUGCCAACUUCUAGCUUCUCCAGUGAAAAUGAUACUCAAUGUGGUGAGCAGAUCCUCAACUAUGGUCACUUUGAAAAACUGGUAAUAGGGGCCAUCCUGUCUCUCAUUACUUUACUGACAAUCGCAGGCAAUUGCCUGGUGGUCAUAUCUGUAUGCUUUGUGAAGAAACUCAGACAACCAUCUAACUACCUGAUUGUGUCUCUGGCUUUAGCUGACUUGUCUGUGGCUAUAGCUGUCAUGCCUUUUGUCAUUGUGACUGACCUCAUAGGAGGAAAAUGGAUUUUUGGGCAUGUUUUUUGCAAUGUCUUUAUUGCCAUGGAUGUGAUGUGUUGCACAGCUUCAAUAAUGACUUUAUGCGUCAUUAGCAUUGACAGGGCCACUGGACACGGCGUACCAUCAGAUGACAAGCUUUGUGGCAGAAAAUGUGCUCCUCAGUAA